AUGAGCCAGUUCGCUUCCCAGGACUUUCAGGAGUGGUCAGCCGACUCUCGCCGACAGAGCACAUCCACCGUGUCGUCGGCGUCAACGAGCAUUCUCUUCCCGAGUCCUGGGGCCUCUUCUGGAUCCAGCUCGAGGAAGCAGUCAUGGCAGUUAUACGAUGACGCGGUGCGGCUGGAGCUCAAUCCUUCUGUGACCAUUUCUUUUCUGAAAGGCGGCCAGCUGUUCAAGCUCCGCUAUAGCUAUAUCGAUGUCUGUAAGGAUGCGACCGGGGCAUUGAAAUGCCUCGAGCUUGGGGGCGGGGUGGGCCAACAGUCGCCCUUUAUCCAUGCCUUCAACAAUACUAAAUUGCCGGUGCCGCAUCUGGAGCACCCCAAAUCGUCUGGGGAAUAUCCCCUGCGCGUAUCCUUUCUGGAACAGCAGACCGUGCAGACGGCCCGCACAGUGUUUAUGACUCAAUUGUCAUAUAAAUUUGAAAGCUGGGAUGAUUGUGUACAAUUCCAAGAGCUCCUGCUGGGAUCCAAAUUGGUCUUCCUUGCCGGCAUCGCCGAGGCCAAGUCCAAGGGCCGAGGAGAAGAGUGUAUCAGCCAGAAUCUGCGCAUCCUGCGCGGUCACAACAACAAGCGUGUGAUGUUAUUUUUUGCGAAUUCACAACGGAAAGAACUGAAGCGAUAUGUGUCCAUUCCGCUAAAUUGCAUUGGGAGCUUCAAACCUCCCAAGAAAGCCGGACGACCAGUUGCUCUCGAUCUCCAACCGAAUUUUGAUAUCCUCGCACAAAUGCGAAACCUGCAAGUAGAGUUCCUGGACGACGAUGACCGCAAGAGCUUCUGCCAGCUGCUGUCGUCGGACCUGACGAUUGGAUGA